AUGCUUGCCUCAAGACAGGUUCUGGGCAACGUUGCCCGGAGCCGCGCCUUUGCCGGCACCGCCGCCGGCAUCCGUCGCCUCGCCACCGUCUCCGACUCUCCUCUGGACAGAAAGGUGCGCCAGAACAACUGGGAGGAAAGCAACUUCAUCAACUACAAGAAGAUGUCAGAGAACCUAGCUAUUGUUCGCGGUCGCCUCAACCGACCCCUGAACUAUGCCGAGAAGAUUCUUUACUCUCACUUGGACGAUCCCCAUGGACAAGAGAUUGAACGUGGCAAGUCGUACCUCAAGCUUCGCCCCGACCGUGUUGCUUGCCAGGAUGCCACCGCGCAGAUGGCCAUUCUGCAGUUCAUGUCGGCCGGCAUGGAUGCCGUGGCCAACCCCAGUACUGUACACUGCGAUCACUUGAUUGAGGCUCAGGUUGGCGGCAGCAAGGAUCUGGCUCGCGCCAUCAACAUCAACAAGGAGGUCUAUGACUUCCUCUCCAGCGCCUGUGCGAAGUACAACAUUGGUUUCUGGAAGCCCGGUUCCGGUAUUAUUCACCAGAUUAUCAUGGAAAACUAUGCCUUCCCCGGCGGCCUUCUCAUUGGUACCGACUCCCACACACCCAACGGUGGUGGUCUUGGUAUGGCCGCUAUUGGUGUCGGUGGUGCUGACGCAGUCGAUGUCAUGGCCAACUUGCCCUGGGAGCUGAAGGCUCCUAAGGUCAUCGGCGUUAAGCUUACUGGCGAGCUCUCGGGCUGGACCUCGCCAAAGGAUAUCAUUCUCAAGGUCGCCGACAUUUUGACCGUCAAGGGUGGUACUGGUGCCAUUGUCGAGGGUGCUGAAAUUGGUGCAACCACGUCCGUUUUCCCCUUCAACGACCGCAUGUACGACUACCUUGUUGCCACUAAGCGCAAGGACAUUGGCGACUUCGCACGCACUUAUGCCAAAGAGCUUCGCGAAGAUGAGGGCGCUGAGUACGACCAGCUGAUUGAACUCAAUCUCUCUGAACUCGAGCCUCACAUUAACGGACCGUUCACACCUGACCUGGGCACGCCAAUUUCUAAAUUCAGCCAAGCUGUGAAAGAGAACGGCUGGCCUGAGGAGCUCAGAGUUGGCCUCAUUGGCUCUUGCACCAACUCUUCGUACGAAGACAUGUCCCGCGCUGCGUCCAUCGCGCGAGAUGCGCUCGACCACGGCAUCAAGGCUAAGGCUGCCUUCACGGUUACCCCUGGAUCUGAGCAAAUCCGGGCCACCAUUGCCCGUGAUGGCCAACUUCAGACUUUCGAGGAGUUCGGCGGUAUCGUUCUUGCCAAUGCAUGUGGUCCUUGCAUUGGCCAGUGGGAUCGCACCGAUGUGAAGAAGGGUGAGGCCAACUCCAUUCUUUCCUCAUACAAUCGCAACUUCACUGGUCGAAACGACGGUAAUCCCGCAACCCACUCCUUUGUUACUUCGCCCGAUCUUGUCGUGGCUCUCACCAUCGCCGGUUCUCUGCACUUCAACCCCCUGACCGACAAGCUCAAGGACAAGGACGGCAAUGAGUUUAUGUUGAAGCCGCCUACGGGUAACGGUCUUCCUACUGCUGGCUAUGACCCCGGCAACAACACCUACCAGGCACCUCCCAAGGAUCGCUCUACUGUCAAUGUCCAGGUUGCGCCCACAUCGGACCGCCUCCAAGUUCUUGAGCCUUUCCAGCCUUGGGAUGGCAAGGAUGCCAAGGACAUUCCCAUUCUCAUCAAGGCACAAGGCAAAACUACCACCGACCAUAUCUCUAUGGCUGGUCCUUGGCUCAAGUACCGUGGCCAUCUCGACAACAUCUCCAACAAUAUGUUGAUUGGUGCUAUCAAUGAGGCCAACGGUGAGGCCAACAAGAUCAAGAACUUCACCACCGGUGACUGGGAUGCUGUGCCUGCCGUUGCCCGUGAUUACAAGAAGAAGGGCAUCAAGUGGGUCGUUGUUGGUGACUGGAACUAUGGUGAAGGCAGUUCUCGCGAGCAUGCUGCCCUAGAGCCUCGUCACCUUGGUGGCCUGGCCAUCGUUACUCGUAGCUUUGCCCGUAUUCACGAGACGAAUCUGAAGAAGCAGGGCAUGCUUCCUCUCACCUUUGCCGACCCCGCUGACUACGACAAGAUUAAGCCCGAUGACAAGGUUGAUAUUCUCGCCACCCAACUUGCGGUCGGAAAGCCCAUUACUAUGGUUGUUCAUCCCAAGGAUGGCAAAUCUUUCGAGGUCUCUCUGCAGCACACAUUCAACGAGGCUCAGAUCGAAUGGUUCAAGAACGGCAGUGCUCUCAACACCAUGGCUAAGGCCGCCCGCAAGUAG